ACCAACACAACCAAAACGAGAAAAGUUGCAUAUCAAAACGCGAAAAAAAGGAGUCUGCUGCGGACGGAGGAAAAUUUCUCGCGACCUGAAGAUUGUUAAUUUUUUUCACCUGCGCUGAAAACUGGUGGAACUGUACGCAUUUUUCGCAGGAAAUCCAUCGCAGCUGGCUGCGAAACAAAAGUUGAGUAUCGGGACGGAAGAAACGGAAAAGAAAAUAGUGUCGAAUUUGUGUGUAGGUAAUUGCUGCACAGUAGGCCUUGAGAAAUAAUUUUCGUCGCGAAAGGUGAAAAAAAUGUGCGGAGGAUUUCAUUGCUCCAAAAAUGCAUUGAUUGCAUUGAACGUCCUUUAUGUGAUGGUUGGCUUCCUGCUGAUCGGCGUCGGAGUCUAUGGCCGCGCUUCGUCCAUUGUGACCAACUUGCCCAUCAUCGGGGGCAUUCUGGCCUGUGGAGUGAUUCUGAUCCUGAUCUCGAUUCUCGGCCUGGUCGGAGCGGUCAAGCAUCACCAGGUGAUGCUGUUCUUUUACAUGAUAAUUCUGUUCAUGCUGUUUCUGAUUCAGUUCUCGAUCGCCUGCUCCUGUCUGGCGGUCAACCAGAGCCAGCAGCGGGAGUUUGCCGAGCAGGGCUGGUCCCUGGCGCCGAUCGACAUCAAGCAGCAGGUGCAGGACGAGUUCCUGUGCUGUGGGUUCAACUCGACCGUGACCGACGACCAUCCGUCCUGCGCGAUUGUUAAUGCCAAAUGCUGCCCGGAAGGAUCUCCGGAAUCCUGUUCCUGUUCGCCGUGCAUGCCCAAACUCGAGAGCACCAUUGACUACGCGUUCCGUUUAUCCGGUGGAAUCGGACUGUUCUUCAGCUUCACCGAGAUUAUUGCAGUCUUCCUGACGCGUCGCUAUCGCAACCAGCAGGAUCCGGACCAUCUGCCAGCUCGGGCUAUUUUCCCUCAGAGUAACUACGUCUACUAGUUCCGUCAGGAGGAGUAGGAGCAUCAAAGGGCCGAGAAAUAGCGCACUAGGGAAUUCAAUUCAGGGAAUAUCCACAAUUGAUCAAUUUUGGCUGUAAUCGGUAGAUCCUGCUCGCCUAGAAUCCCAAAUAUCGAAUACUACACGUGAACACUGUCGAACAGGAAUACUACAAUACUCAAUCUCAUGUGGCUCCUAGGCUAGGAUUAUCAAAGAAUCGAAGAGGAAUCGAAAGACACGAAAGACAGCGGUUGUGCUCUAAUUGUAAUUAGUUCAUUUAUUUUUCGCUUAAGUUUUUCAACUCUAGACUGACAGGGGAAACAGGGCGAAUUUAAAAACAGGAACAAAAAAGUGUGAAUGUGUGGAUUUUGUUUAAAGUCACGGUGAUUUUUUUCCGCGUCGAAAACAGCUUGUCAUCUUUUGAUUUUAAGUAGGGUUAAGUAGGUCAUUUUUUAUUUUACUUUUAACUCUGGGUCAGUUAAUUGUGUGCAGAUCUAUUCAUUCUGGGUUAAAAAAAAAUGUGAUAAGCUUCGAACAGGAUUUUCAUCUCGCCUCAGAAAUCUCCUUUGAGUAUGCUAACAGUGUCGCCUUCUGUUUGUGAAAUGCUCGCAUCCGAACUGCUCACAAAUAGAUGGCGCUGCUUUUUUGGCAACACUCGGAAAUCUUGAACCAAAAUCGGUAUAUCCUUGUAUCUUCUAAAUGUAGUAUACGUAACUGAAACAACUUUUCUCAAACCUAGUACUAGUACCGUUUCGUUGAAAGUUUCUUGUGAUAAAUACAAUAGAACAUGCAAAAACAGCUUUAAACCGAAUUUAUUUUGCUCAAACAAAACAACUUGAAAUGCUUACUGUGUAUGUAGAGAACUUGAUUUUGGUUUCCGUUUUGCCGGAAGCCCUUUCUUCAUUGUAAGGCUUUCGAUUACUAGACUAUUCCCGUUAGAUCUAACCUUCAGUCUUCUUUCGUAAAUAUUUUGGAUUAAAUAGACCUUUUCAAAGCUCUGGUAACAAAGUGUUCUUUGCAAGUCCUCAAGCAAAAUUUUCAAAAACUCAAACAAUUAAAUUUCAGUUUACCAAAAUAUAAAAAAAUAAAUUAAUUUUUGGAGUUUGAUUUUUCGGGAAUAGUCACCAAAACGCAUCACUAUUUAUUACUGCACUAUUGUUCCGAAACGAUCAAAGACAUUUAUAUAUUUACAAUUUAAAAGUGAUGCACAUAAAAAUAACAAAAAAAAUAAAUAGAUAAGUGUAAGCGCUCCAGUUAAUCUUAAUCUACAGAUAAAACUAUGAUGAACGUCCAGUUUUGCCACGUUGCCAUGCUCUGGCGACGAUGCGUUCUCUAAUGGCGACCACACAACUUUUGAUAUUGGCACUGACAAUCGUGAGCUUGAGCAAAAUUGUAGAAUUGUUCCACCGCGCCAGGCUCCAUGGCUUGACGCGCCGUAAAGUCAUAUAAUUGGAAUCGUUUCACGGAGCUUUAUUUUCAAUGGAAUUCACCAAUUGAGGUUAGAAAUUACAAAAAAAAAAAAAAAUAUUCCGGCAGGAAUAUUCUUGCAUGCAGCUGUAAUUAAACUUCUAAAAUGAACCAUGUAAACUUGUAAUGGAGUAGGCUAUGAAGUGUAGUAGAAGAAUUAUCGAAUUAUAUAGAAAUUGUGAUGUGACAAA